UGUUGGAGCUACAGUGGGUUGAGGCUGAGAUUUUCUGACGCCGUAUGUUUUUCCUAAACAUUUGUUUUCACACAUAUUGGUGUCCGUCUACCGAGCGCGUCCGGGACCCUAAACGGCAGUUCAAAUGAUGAACUCCAGUGUCGACCUGUCCCGGCGGAAUCCGCAGGAGGAUUUCGAGCUGAUCCAGAGGAUAGGAAGCGGCACAUACGGAGAUGUGUACAAGGCUCGUAAUGUUAACACAGGAGAGCUGGCUGCUAUCAAAGUCAUCAAACUGGAACCUGGUGAGGAUUUUGCUGUUGUCCAGCAGGAGAUUAUAAUGAUGAAGGACUGUAAACACUCCAACAUCGUAGCCUAUUUUGGCAGCUAUCUCCGGAGAGACAAGUUAUGGAUCAGUAUGGAGUACUGUGGAGGAGGCUCUCUGCAGGACAUCUAUCAUGUAACUGGACCGUUGUCAGAGUCACAGAUAGCCUACAUGUCACGGGAGACCCUGCAGGGUUUAUACUAUCUACACAACAAAGGCAAAAUGCACAGAGACAUCAAGGGAGCCAACAUCCUCCUGACAGACAACGGCUAUGUUAAACUAGCUGACUUUGGUGUGUCAGCCCAGAUCACAGCGACUCUAGCCAAAAGGAAGUCUUUCAUUGGCACCCCAUACUGGAUGGCUCCAGAGGUAGCAGCAGUGGAAAGGAAAGGAGGUUACAACCAGCUCUGUGAUAUCUGGGCUGUUGGCAUCACUGCAAUAGAGCUGGCAGAACUACAGCCACCCAUGUUCGACUUGCACCCCAUGAGGGCUCUGUUCUUGAUGACAAAGAGUAAUUUCCAGCCUCCCAAGUUGAAAGAUAAAGUCAAAUGGACAAAUAACUUCCACCACUUUGUCAAACUUUCCCUGACCAAGAACCCAAAGAAGAGGCCCACAGCUGAGAAACUGCUGCAGCACCCAUUUGUGUCCCAGCCCCUCAGCAGGACAUUAGCAAUAGAGCUGCUGGACAAAGCCAACAACCCCGACCACAGCACCUACAAUGACUUUGACGAAGAUGACCCCGAGCCAGAGUCUCCAGUCUCUGUUCCUCAUCGCAUUCGUUCCACCAGCAGGAGCACCAGGGAAGGAAAGACACUGUCAGAGAUAAAUUUUGAUCAGGUGAAGUUUGAUCCUCCAUUAAGAAAGGAGACAGAACCCCAUCAUGAACCGGACUUGCAGUUGGAAUAUGGUCACGAUUCACCAAGUCUACUGGGAGGAAACAAGAGUCUUCUCAAAUCUGUGGAGGAGGAGCUUCAGCAGAGGGGCCAUGUGGCACACUUAGGGGAUGAUGAGGAUGAGGAUGAUGAUGGUGCUGAUGAUGAUGAAACUCACACUCACAAAUCAAGCACCAUCAUGAGGCCUAAAGUCCCGCCUCCACUUCCUCCCAAGCCCAAGUCCAUCUGCUCGCCUCACCAACAAGAACAGCAGCAGCAAAAACAAGACGAUAGCCAAUCACACAGCGAGGAUGAUGGCGGAGGGGGAGGGACCAUCAAGCGCUGUCCAGUCCCAGAGACGCCCAGCCCUGCUAAGCCCACCAAUGUCCCCCCGCGACCUCCGCCCCCAAGGCUGCCCCCCCACCGCCGCAGUAGCCUAGGUAACGAGAGCAUGCAGGGUGCGGACGCCGAAAUCUCUGGCCCGGGGGAUGAUGGGAGCUUUAGGCAUUUCUGGGAGUGGCUCCACACGCCUCACACAGAGGAGGAGCUGGAGGAGGCGUGGGAGGUGCUGAAGGAGGUGAAGGAGGAGCAGGAAAAAGAGGAGGAAGAGAGAAAUGGGCUGAACUCCCCGCACAAUGGGGAGAGGGACAGUCCAGCAGACCGGCAGUCCACCAUGCCCCCUAGUGUCCCCAUACGGAAAGACAGAAAGGACAUUCCGAAGCCAAUCAGCAACGGCCUCCCACCUACACCUAAAGUCCAUAUGGGGGCGUGUUUCUCCAAGGUUUUCAACGGCUGCCCCCUGAAGAUCCACUGUGCCACUUCCUGGAUCAACCCCGACACCAGAGACCAGUAUUUGAUAUUUGGAGCUGAGGAGGGGAUCUACACACUAAACCUUAAUGAACUGCAUGAGACCUCAAUGGAACAGCUGUUCCCUCGGCGGUGUACCUGGCUGUACGUCAUGAACAACUGUCUUCUCUCUAUAUCUGGCAAGGCCUCCCAGUUGUACUCCCACAGUCUGACUGGUCUGUUUGAACACGCCAGGCAGAUGCAGAAGCUACCAGUAGCCAUUCCUACACACAAACUGCCUGAUAAGAUGAUUCCCAGGAAGUUUGCUGUAUCCAAUAAGAUUCCAGACACUAAAGGGUGCCAAAAGUGCUGCGUAGUGCGUAACCCCUACACAGGCCAUAAGUACCUGUGUGGAGCCUUCCAGUCCAGUGUCAUCCUGUUGGAGUGGGUGGAGUCCAUGCAGAAGUUCAUGCCCAUCAAGAACAUAGACUUCCCGUUACCCUGUCCGUUGGAGGUCUUUGAGAUGCUGGUGGUCCCGGAGCAGACCUACCCUCUGAUCUGCGUGGCUGUCAGUAAAGGGACCGAACUCAACCAGGUGGUCCGGUUCGGCACCGUCAACCCCAACUCCACCUCCUCCUGGUUCACCGAAGCAGACACACCGCAGACAUGUGUGAUCCACGUCACUCAGCUGGAGAGAGACACAAUCCUGGUCUGCCUCGACAGGUGUAUAAAGAUAGUGAAUCUCCAGGGCAGGUUGAAAUCCAGCAGGAAGUUAUCAGCAGAGCUCACCUUCAACUUCCAGAUCGAGUCCAUAGUGUGUCUCCAAGACAGCGUACUGGCCUUCUGGAGGCACGGAAUGCAAGGACGGAGUUUCAAGACCAAUGAGAUCACCCAGGAGAUCUCUGACAACACACGCAUUUUCAGACUACUGGGGUCAGACAGACGCUCUGACAGUAGGGAUCCAGAGGCUGGGGCUGAGGACAGAGGCACUAGGCCCAGGGUGGUGGUGCUGGAGAGCAGGCCGACAGACAACCCUACAGCCCACAGCAACCUCUACAUCCUGGCAGGCCAUGAAAACAGCUACUGAGACACACACACAUGCGCACACACUUUGUACCCAGCUUACCACCAACUGGGAGACACAUACACCCCACCCCACCCAUACCCAUCAUACGGCUAAGUACCCCACCCCCCACCCCCAUCUGACCCCCCCCAUCCGGCCUGCUGGCAGCUGGGAGACGAGCGGCGUGUCGGUGUUCCCUCUAGAUGCAGAUCUGCGGUUGCAGCCAAUUAAAAUGCACAGUAAGCAGUGGCAGUGGUGAGGCGGGCACGCUGUGGCACAGAGCAGCGUGUUGCAGGACUGGUCGCACGGGUUUCUCGAGGCGGAGAAUCGCAGCACACCUUGGAGGUUUUAGCUGGCUGUGACGUGAGAUUGGAUUGGCAUUUGUGAGGCUGUUUUGCCGUCGGCCCCCGCUGCGCUCGAGCUGGGGAACGGACCUGAUCUCUCCUCAGCACACAAACCCAGACUCCUUCCUCACAGCACCCCACCCCUCCCCCCCCUGCACACCGGGAAACCGAUUCCACCACCAAGACUGACUUCAACACUACUUCUAGUACUGCAAAUACUACUACUACUACUGCUAUUAGCGCUAAAGCUUCACAGAAGAGCCAUCCUGCACAGAAAAACAAAAACAUUUUUCUCUGCCUUCCCUCCUCCUCCUUCCUUUCCUCUGGCUCCUUUCCUUCCUUCCUUUUCCUCUUUUGUUCCUUGUGUUUUUUUUUUUUUUUUUAACUACACUAUUUAUUGUGGCAUGAUGUGUAACAACCAGGAUGGCUUUUUUGUUUUAAUUUUUGUUUUUUAAAAAAAGAGAAAACAGACUAAAAAGCUUCGCCACCUCUGCUAGCGUCGAAUUUCCCACCACCACACCACACAAGUGCUUAAUUGACCUCUAUUUAAUUGUUGUAAAUAUAAAUGUAGUAUUUUUUUGACAGAGAUGAACACUAAAAGACUGGUUGUGUAGAUAGGCGUGUGUAUAGUUGUUCCUGUACAACUGUGGAGCCAGACAGACAGGCAGGCAGGCAGGCGUGCUGAGCUGCUGAGUGUCGGGGAGUUAACUUCCCAGCCCCCCCGAUCAUGUGACGAGGGUCAGGAAGCGACGCCCCCAGCAGUCUCCUCAGAUGAACAGCAGUAGUAAUACAAAACUAUUCUAAUAAUGAUCUGGAGCUCAGGAUUGGACUGAGCAAACACAGGAAGUGGCACUGAUUGGUCAUUUUCAUUCUGCAUGCGUCGUCAUUAUCAUCACAGCCCGCACGCGGGCAUUUUAACUUCCUGGUUGUUUGCGCCAUAGCAUCUGUCAUCAGGGCGGUUGAUGUUGAGUUCUGUUUGUUAGUAGUAUUUAUGGUUGUUUGACAUCAUGAUUUCCUUUCUUUUUUUAAUACUGUUUUAAUCAAACGCUCCUUUGCUUUCUCAUCAUUUUAUGCUUUUUUUUUUAAGAUUAUUGAACCACUGGUGUUGAAAAUUUGCACAGAGAAAAAGGUAUUUGAUGAACAAAUGUGAUGUCAUUAUAAUAUAUGACCUUGUGUGUAUGCACAGCGUGUGUGUGUAGACGUAGAAUAUGUACAUACAUGUGCAUCAUGUACAGAUGUGGUCUUUAACAAGUGACAGUUGUGAUUCUGCCCGAGGCCACUUGGUGGUGCAGAUUAAUUUGUAGUACAAGAACAUCACAACAGAUGUAAAAACAGAUUUACACAGAAAGAAAAAUCUUUUUUCUUAUAGCUUGAUUUAUUUCUACCAGAAGAUAGGCCACAUCAACUCCACCCAUCUGGUACUUGAAAGCGAUUUAAACAAACGAUAAUUAUUUGAAUAUAGCUGCUUGGCAAAAGUUUGCUACCCAGCAGUCAUAAGAUCAGAUUUGAUUGAAUAAGUUUAGAAAGAGAUUUUUGUUCCUGUGUAAAUCAACACAUUUUGUUCAUGUUAGUCAUGUCUGCCGUGGCGUCACGGCUGUGACUUUUUUCAAAGGCCGACCUCUGUAUGAGAGAUCACACUACAUCCAUGCAUAUAGGUGUGCGCUGUGUAGCAGUCUACAUGUGUCAGCGUGAUGCAAGUCUUUACAAGCUGUGACAACUACAGGUUGCUUUAGAGGACAUGAAACACUAAUCUAGCUGAACCUAACUGAGGCAAAUCGAUACUAAUGCUGAUUUUCAGUGGAGCUCAAACACGUCGCCUCUUGGUUUUUCCAGUGGCCUGGGUUCCAGAAGUACAUUCCCCAGUCAUUUUCCCCCUUGACAAAAACUGAUGAAAUUUAUUAUAUUUAAAAAAAGCUCUGAACAUAUAACUGCACCAACCAUCCAUGGAGUGAAUGGUGAGCUUCAUACUCUAAUUUUUAAAAAAAUUGAUAUAAUACAGGAUUCUAGACUGUAGACAAUGUUUUUUAAGAGGGAAUGAACAGCUCCAACUCAAUUCUUCUCAUUCUUAACAGUGAUAAAAUACAAUAGCAUUACUGUGAUUUCACUCUGGCCUGGCUACCAACAAUGGCAGCUAAUGUUGCCAUGGGAACAGCAACAUCUCUGGCUGAUGGGAAGUCGAUACAUUUCAUGGGUAAUGUAGAAUUUGACAAGGAACUCAAAGAAGGGGAUUUAACAACAAACUAGAAAACAGAUUGAUUUUGUACUGGAGCAUAUGAAGUCAUUUCACAGCCUAACAUUGUUUAGAUGUAUUGGCUAGUAACAGAAAUGAAUGGGGAAUUGACAUCUGGAAGGCGGUGUUUUAGCUCCAUAGGCCGGUCACUGAGUGAGUGGAAGCUGCUUAUUAGUGGUUGCAGGGCACAUGGCACCAUGUUGGACUACUGGCAGUGGAAGGAAGGAUCGUAAAGCAUUCACCUGUCCUUCCCUGAUUACUUCUUCCCCCAGGUUUACAAGGAAAUUUGGAUUGCCUUCACUGUACACCUGGGCAGUUGGCAUUUUCUUUGAUUCCUCAGGCAAAAAUGCCACAGUCUCUUCUUCCGCUGUCCUUCCUCCAACAUGGCGCUGAGUCUGUCGCCCCAAACACUCAGUGACGCUUCUCCAUCGAUGGGAAUCAUCUUGAUGCCCCUUCAAACUGUAUGGCUACACUUUCCUGGGAAGCACUAAUGAAAAAAUAGAUUUGCACACUGGAUUCCAGCCCCUGAUGCUUUAUUGUACCAUUUUGAUGAAAAGGGGUUGUUGUUCAACUGCCGCUGUUUAUCAGCUAUUUCCCAACUAAAUCCAUGGAGGUUGGAUCCACUCUGAGGAUGUAUAUUUUCGAUCAGUGCUUCAUCUCUGCUUUUCUCCAGCGCCUGGCUUAAAUCAGUUUCGAUGUGCACAUUCUUACUCUGUUAAAAAAAAAACACACACAUAAGUGGUAUUCCUUGGCACCAGGAAUACACAUCUCAGUGAUGUGAAGUCGGCACACUAAAUUGCCACGUGAUAUUUUUAGUCAGGUGAAUGUGGACACUUUCUUCACAAGUCCCCAGCGGCUAUCUGUAUUUUAGCCACAGGGCGGCCAUGGAGGGUUAAGUCAAAUCUCACUAGCUGAACCGGCAGCGGCUGGGGUCAGUCUACUUUCAAGUCAGGAAAUUUAUUGAAACCAGGAAGUAUGUUGGACCCUGCAAUGCUGAGCAGAGUUUGAGUUUCAAAAUGCAGAUGAACGAGCUAAGAACAAAUCUUUGAAGAAGUGAAAUAGGAAAAGCACUGCAGGGUUGUAACCUUGGAGGGUGAACUGCUUGUAUUUACUGACUUGAAAGCAAAUCAGUCCCCCAGACUGGUGCUUUUGCCGUCAUACUAAUCUAUGUGCUUCUUGCCAAUACCAUCAGACUGGUCAUGGUUUAGGGCUGCAGCCAACUGCUAGUCACACUGUCUAGUAAAUGGUAAUUUAAUAACUGUUUUGUGUAUUAGAUGUCCAAAACAUCAGCAGAAAUGGCAUCGCCUUGCACAAAGCUCUGCAGUUUUGAAAAAUGUCAGUCAUUAAGCCUAGUGAUUAUGAUGAAAUUUGAUUAGUGUGAUGUUGUUGGUUUGUCAGUGAAGUUUGCCAGCCCUGCUUGACCUCGCCUUCAAACAGUUCAUCAUACUCUGGAGAAAAAAACAAACAUUCCUCUAAGUUGAGGCACAGUUGACGCUAAAGAAAAUGGAUUUUAGGAGUGCUACAUUUUAAGAUGUAAGGCCAAGAUGUGUUUGCUGGAAAGUUUUAUGGCCAAAUUUAGACGGGCACCUCUGUUUUGUGCAAUGUCCCAGAUGAGUGACACCCUGAGAAGACUUUCUUUGAUCAGAGUGACCAUAAGCAGUAUGUAAGGUCAGUGUUAAACAAACCAUUCUCUGUGAAUCAAGUAACAAUGUCUGUGUACAUUCAGUAGAGAUGUGUUAAUGAACAAAACCAGAGAAAUAGAUGCUUGUUAGCCAAACCUGUCACACAAAGACAACCUAAAAGGUAUAUUCCACUGAAAAUGACUUAGGAUGUUAUUCUGUGAAAGUGGAUAUUCAAAUAAUUUUUGAGCAAUUUUGAACUUCGAUACAAAACUUAUGAAGCAACUCAAGAAAUGAUCGAACCUUAAAGAAAUAUGGACUUUUACAGAGUAACAUGUAAGUUUCAGUGGGAUUGAAGGAUGCCAUGUGGACUCCUACUGUAAAUUCCACAGUCAUAUAUACAAACAUCAUCUAUGGUUCCACAGUGCAGGUGCCGUUAUGGCCUUCCAUUGCUGGGUUUGAUGAUAUGUACAUUUGGUUUCGGUUUUAUAUCCACACCAAGCCCUGGGUCAGAUAUUAUGUACAAAUAAUUCAUAGGGUUUGUUUCGAAAGUUGCUUUGAGCAGCAGAUGCAUAGAGUUCUGCAUGAGGCCAAAUCGGAUUAUCGGUUGAGAAAUUAGUCACAGUAAAGUUUAAAUUGACUUUCAAACAAUUUCCUGAGAUCGCCGCAACUUUGUGUUUUCACGUUGCAAACUACAACCAUCUGGUGCUCAAAACACAUGAAACAAACGAGAAUUAUUUGCAAAAGCUGUUUGACCCAGGUCUGCUCCCAAAAUUUAAAAAAACAAACAAAAAAAAAAACAAUAGGCCUUUUCUGUUCUGUCGCUAUUACAGUUCCAUGAUUGUUCAUUUUAUUUUUCAUAAUGCAAUGCACACGUUAUAAAAUGUAUAUAGUGUAAAAUAAAAUGGGUUUGUUUUACAUACUGUAUAAUUGCCUAUAUUUUGUUUCAGAAGUGUAACAGAUUUAUGAGAUGACAGGUUAACACAUUAAAAAGAAGGAACUGAAA